AUGACUAGUGCUAGAAAAGAGGCUGCCCGGAAAAGGCGCCAAGCGCUUGAGAACGCUAUCAUAGCUAUGGCUAAUCGAUCUUCUGCUCCGCCUAGUGGGCAAUCUAUCUUUGAUCGGUUUGACCGUUACCGUCCACCUACUUUUGACGGGACUUCUGAUCCUAUUGUGCUAGAAGGGUGGAUAAGGGAGAUGGAGAAGCUGUUUGCUGCUACUGGAUGCCCUGCUGCUGAAAUGGUGUCUAUUGGUACCUAUUAUCUAAAGAUGGAAGCUGAUAACUGGUGGAGUACUGUUCGUGCAAGCUGCAUGGCUACAUCGGGAUUUGGAUGGGAUGAGUUUCGUGUUAAGUUGAAGGAGAGGUUUUAUCCUGAUGAGCUCCGUUGGCAGAAGCAAGAAGAGUUAUUAACUCUGUCUCAGGGUACUCUGAGUGUGCAGGAGUACACUGAUAAGUUCACCGAGCUAUCCCAGUUUGCUACCACAGUUGUACCUACUGAUGCUGAGCGGGUAAAAAGGUACAUAAAAAAAAUGGAUCCUAGGGUGAGGACCCAUGUUCUGAGUUUGGGUGCUUCGACUUUCCAGGGAGCCUAUGAGAUAGCUCUGAGUAUUCACGCCUCUUUGAAAGAGGAGGAUUCUGCUAAGGCUGCUCCUGCUAAGAAACCUGCUGCUACCUAUGUUCAGUUCCCGGCCAAGAAGCCGAGGUAUGAGCCGUCUGGUCGAGGGGGUUAUCAACAGGGUUCUGGAUCUGGUUAUCGUCCGAGUUUUGAUCCGAGCAAGUGUCGAAUCUGUGGUAAGGCUACUCAUUCGGGGAAGAACUGUGAUGGAUCGACUGUCGUUCGUUUCCAUUGCAAGGAAGUGGGGCACAAGUCUUUCCAGUGUUCUAAGAAUCCUAGAGCUCCGUCUUUUUUUGCUGGUCCUGCUAAGCCAGUUAGUUCUUCUGCUCCUCCGAAGAACAGGAUUUAUGUGAUGAUGCAAGCUGAAGCCGAUGUCCAUCCUGAUGUCAUCUCUGGUACUUUUCUUGUAAAUAAUAUCCCUGCUUUUGUUCUGUUUGAUACUGGUGCUACAAUGUCUUUUAUUGCUAGUUCCUUUGUUCGAAAAGCUAAUCUUUCCUCUAGAUCUCCUAUUAAGUCCCUAAUAUCUCUUCCGUCUGGUGAGAAUUAUCCCUGUCAUUCUGAGUUCAAGGGUGUGUUUGUCAGUAUUCUGGGUUCUGAGUUGCCAGCCGAUCUUAAGGAGUUUCCUAUGUCAGAGUUUGAUGUGAUCCUUGGAAUAGAUUGGUUAUCGAAGUAUCAUCCCUGCAUUCAGUGCCGUGAUCAGAAGGUGGUGCUCCGAGAUUCUAAGGGAAAAAGGAUUUCUUAUUCUGGUGUGGUAGUGAAGAAGGGUGUUAAGUGGGUUUCCGCUCUGAGAAUGCGGAAGAUGCGUCAAAAAGGUGAUGUGGUAUACCUUUUCAUGGUGAAGGAUUUGUCAUCUGAAGAUCAGCUCGAGAGUAUUCCGGUAGUUCGGGAUUAUCCUGAUGUAUUUCCUGAAGUGUUUCCAGGUAUUCCUCCUGAAAGAGAUGUAGAGUUCUGCAUUGAUUUAGUACCGGGUACUGCUCCUAUAUCCAAGGCUCCGUAUAGAAUGACGCCGUCUGAAUUGCAAGAGUUGAAGACUCAAUUGCAAGAGUUGAUAGAUAAAGGCUUCAUAAGGCCUAGUGUUUCUCCUUAG